AUGGAAGGAUUUGAUGACCCUGGUGUCUUUUUCUCCGAUAACUUCGGCGUCGAGGAAAACGAAUCUCAAGAUCAACUUAACCUACAAGCAGUAAAAAAGAAGUUUAAAGAAUUUAUCCGACAGUUCCACACCGGUAACUUUAACUACAAAUACAGAGACGCCUUAAAACGCAACUACAACCUAAGUCAUUACUGGGUGGAGAUAAACAUUGAAGAUUUAUCUAGUUUUGAUGAGGUUUUAGCUGAGAAAUUGUACAAAAAGCCUACAGAACAUUUGCCUAUAUUGGAGGAAGCAGCUAAAGAGGUACUCAAACUGCAAGAAGCUCCAGAAAGUAUCCCUCAAGGAGAAAUGCCGCGUCAUCUGACAGUAUAUUGUGAACGUGUCCUGUGCGAGCGAGUCGCCCCUGGCGCAGGGUUACUGUGCUUGGGAUAUAUUCCAUUAAAAAAAUUGCCAAAAUUGGGUAUAUUUGCAGAAGGAAGGCCGAGACAAAGGCUCGUGGGUGUUCGUUCCUCCUACCUCCGUGCUGUCGGUCUAACUGCCGAGGAAGGAGUCACUGGAGGCCUCCGACCAUUCACUGCUGAGGAAGAGGAGCAGUUCCGAAGACUGGCGGCGUCACCUGAUAUUUAUGAUCGUAUUGCGAUGUCCAUAGCACCCAGUGUUUUUGGUGCUGUAGACAUGAAAAAAGCUAUUGCCUGCCUCUUAUUUGGUGGUUCACGCAAGAGAUUACCCGAUGGCCUGACUCGCCGAGGUGACAUUAACAUUUUGCUUCUGGGUGAUCCUGGUACGGCUAAGUCACAACUGUUAAAGUUUGUGGAGAAAGUCGCUCCUAUUGGUGUGUACACCUCCGGCAAAGGUUCUAGUGCAGCCGGUCUCACUGCUUCUGUGAUCAGAGACCCAGGCAGCCGUAACUUCGUUAUGGAAGGUGGUGCGAUGGUCCUUGCAGAUGGUGGUGUUGUAUGCAUCGAUGAAUUCGACAAAAUGCGUGAAGAUGACCGAGUGGCUAUCCAUGAAGCAUGGAGCAGCAAACUAUUUCUAUUGCUAAGAUUCGACAUGAUUUUUAUUGUCAAGGAUGAACAUGACCAAAACAGGGACAUUACUUUAGCGAAGCACAUUAUAUCAGUACAUAUGGGAGGUGACAGCGUGGAACGUGAGACUGCGGCUGGUGAGCUACCACUCGCAUUGUUGCGGCGGUAUUCCGCCUACUGCCGCGCUCGCUGUGGCCCACGUCUCUCUGCCAGCGCGGCUGAAAGACUACGCGCCCGAUACGUGCUUAUGAGGACCGGAGCCUCUCAACACGAGAGACAGGUUGACAAACGUCUGUCCAUACCUAUUACAGUGAGACAACUGGAAGCCAUUGUCCGUAUAUCUGAAUCUCUUGCAAGAUGCAACUGCAGCCUUUUGCUACAGAAGUCCACGUCACAGAAGCGCUACGAUUGUUCCAAGUGUCCACACUAG